ACAAGCCCUGAAACAACAGUUGUGACAUCCAAACCUUCUGUUGUUACCACAACUAUUAAUGUACCAUCACAAACAUCUACAGAACCCACAACCAAAUAUGUAGAGACAACAGCAUCAGAAAAGACAACAUCAUCAGAAAAGACAACAGAAAAUAUUGCAACAACAAUACCACCCACAGAAGUCACCACUGGCCCAGUAACAAGCUCUACCACAGCUGUGGUUGAAACUACAACCUCAGUGCCAGGUGUUACAACAACAAGCCCUGAAACAACAGUUGUGACAUCCAAACAUUCUGUUGUUACCACAACUAUUCAUGUACCAUCAGCAAUAUCUACAGAAGCCACAACCAAAUCUGUAGAGACAACAGCAUCAGAAAAGACAACAGCAAAUAUUGCAACAACAAUACCACCAAAAGAAUUCACCAGUGGCCCAGAAACAAGCUCUACAACAGUUGUGGUUGAAACUACGACCUUAGUGCCAACAAGCCCUGCAACAACAAUUGGUGUAGUCACAGGAAACCCCAAAUCCACUGUAAUUACUAAACCAUCUCUUUUGGAAACAACAACUAUUGCAGCUUCCACUGGAACGUUAAGAACUACAGCUCAAGCAACAACAUCCAUUGCCCCAAUAACACAGACCCUUCCAAGCAGCAUAACUGUUUAUACUACCCUACCAGCCAGGACCACAGUUGGUUCUACACCAUCACUGUUUACCACAUCUACAACAAUAUGUGUGUGCAUUGUCAACGGGACUUCACACCGUCCUGGGGACUUGGUCUAUAAUGUCACUGAUGGCAUAGGAUGGUGUUAUGUUGCAUAUUGCAAUGCAUCUUGUAAAGUUGAGACAGAAUCCAGUCUAUGUCCCACAACACAACCCAGCACAACCGCACGUUCUACCACUGCAGUAAAUGGGACCACUACAAAGGCAACAAUUUCUUCCACCACAACUUUUCCUACCUCUACUUCCACUCCAUCAACAACCCCAUCUACAACCACUGUGGACUGCAACGAUGUGAAUCCACCAAGAAAGAAUGGACAAUCCUGGACGGUCAGCAACUGCACCACAGCUACCUGCACCAAUGGCAAAGUCACAGAGACAUCUACUCCCUGUCCCACAGUACAACAACCCAUCUGUGCCAACGGGCGCCAAGUUGUCAAAGUCUAUGAUGACAACGGAUGCUGCUUCCACUAUGAAUGUGAAUGUGUGUGCAGUGUCUGGGCUGGAUCCCACUACAUGACAUUUGAUGGAAAAUCAUACGAUUUCAACAAGAUGUGCUCUUACUACCUGGUCAAAGAAAUUAUUACUAAAUAUAACCUGAACAUCAUAGUUAAUAACCAUGACUGUAACCCUUCAGACAGCACAUUCUGUCCCCAGGCUCUCACUGUUACAUACUUAUCCUACACAGUAGUUUUGACUCAGUUGAAUACUUCAGGAUCAGCGGUUAAUGUGGUGUAUGUGAACCAGAAACGGAUCUAUCCCGCCUAUACAAAUUCUGUCCUACGCCUUACUAGCACAGAUAUGGUGAUCACAUUGGAGAUACCGGAGAUCAACACAAAAGUGGUCUAUACGGGCUCUUCGUUCAGCAUUGACCUUUCCUAUUCCCUCUUUGGUGGGAACACUGAGGGACAGUGUGGGACCUGUGACAACUUUCAUAACAACGACUGCCGCGCUCCAAACGGCCAGGUAGAAAGCUGCUCAGAAUCCGCAGGCCAGUGGCAAGUCCCAGGUACACCCUGUGUCACACCGACAACCCCACCGCCUACUUUGACCACCUCAAAACCACUAUACACAACAACAAAGCCCACUUGCAAACCUGCCAUUUGUGAUCUCCUAACCAGCAGUGUUUUUGCACCAUGCAACACAGUCAUACCCCCAGGACCAUUUGUAAAAUCCUGUGUGUCUGACAUUUGCAACAAUGGUGACAACACCUGCUCCAGCCUGGAGGCCUAUGCCACUGACUGCUCUAAUGCAGGUGUCUGUAUUGACUGGAGGAGUGCAACCAAUGGGCAAUGUGAGCGUACGUGUCCAAAUAACAAGGUGUACAUGGCCUGUGGUCCAACUGUAGAGCCUACAUGCAAUGAGAGAUACAACAACAGGUUCCAGGCAGAUAACCAAUCAGCGACUAACUACACUCAAGAGGGCUGCUUCUGUCCUCAUGAUACCAUCUUAUUCAACACAGUUUAUGACACGUGUGUUACCACUUGUGAUUGUGUUGGACCUGAUGGAAAACCCAAACAGCCUGGUGACACAUGGACAAGUGACUGCAACACCUGUAUGUGUGACAAGGAUUCCAUGAGCAUUCAGUGUCUGCCUGUUCAGUGCCCAUCAGUACAGAGCCCUAACUGCAGCGGACCUGGCCAGCAGCUGGUCAACAAGACAGAUGGCUGCUGCACAACACCUUCUUGUGAGUGCAAUGUAAACUUGUGUCCUGCUCCUAUCACCUGCCCACUUGGCUUCCAACUUGACGUCACCAACAGCACCUGCUGCCAAUCCUACGAGUGUGUUCCUAAAGGUGUAUGUGUAUAUGACAUGACUGAGUACAAGCCUGGUGCCAAAAUACCAACACCAGAAACAAUAUCGGUACCACCAUUAGACGCACCAUCAACAUCACCAUCAGAAACAACAGCAGCCCCAUCAGGAGCAGAACAACCAUCAGGAACAACAGCAGCCCCAUCAGGAGAUGGACAACCAUCAGGAACAACAGCAGCACCAUCAGAGUCCUUCAGACCUGGGGCCUGCCAGGAAUGUUACUGUGGAUCCAAAAUGGAUCCCAUCACAGAGCUGAACAUCAUUACCUGCAAACCCAUUUUCUGCAACACAAACUGCUCUGAAGGCUAUGAAUAUCAGACUGUACCUGAUAAGUGCUGUGGGAAGUGUGUUCCAAAGAGCUGUAGUGUCACCACACCUGACAACACAAUCAUUAUCAUUGAGGUUGGCAACACUUUUGUACCUGCAAAUGACAAGUGUGUACAAUAUACCUGUGAGAAGAUCAAUGGACAGCUUGUUACCAAGGAAACCAAGAGCACUUGUCCACCCUUUAACCCCUUGGACUGUGAACCUGGCACCGAGACAACUGACUCGAAUGGAUGCUGCAAAAGAUGCAAGCUGCGAAGCAUCUGUGAGGUCCAGAGUAAGCAGACAGUCAUCACUGUGAACGACUGUAAGAGCACGCAGCUGGUCAACAUGUCUUCCUGUGGGGGACACUGUGGCAGCUCAUCCAUAUAUUCUGCAGCAGCUAACAAGAUGAUACACCAGUGUGAGUGUUGCCAAGAAGCCACAACCAGUCAGAAGCAGGUGGAGCUGACCUGUGGCGACGGCUCCAAGGUCCAGCACAGCUACAUCGUGGUGGAGACGUGCCGCUGCACCAAAGCAGAGUGUGUGGCGGAAACAACUUCCAAAGAACAGCGCAGAAGGAGACGCUGAUCAACUACUUACGGCUUUACAUUGGACUGAAACCUUACAAACACUAAGGAAGACUUAAUGUUAGACCUUCUUAUUCUUGUCAAGUUUUAUUAUUUAUAGCUUAACAUGUGCUCUUUUUCAGUGUCACAAAAUACUACUGUGAUGUAAACUUUCUUAAUUUUAGGAAUUCUCAGAUGAUUAUUAAUAAAGUAUUUCUGCAAUAUGAA